CUAAUUUUGUUUCCAAUUUCUCCAGGAAUGAGACUUAGUUCUUCAAUCACCUUUUCUAUGAUUAUGAAAGAGUCGUUUAAUGACAACUGGGUAGUUUCCAGCUCCAUUAUUGCUUUUGCUAACAAUAUUUUUCUAAAAGUUUACGGAACGCCUGUUGUUCUAACUUAUUCCAUGGUAUGUUUGAUUGUGCCAUGGAGUUGCAUAUAUAAAAAUAAAAUUCAUUUUUAGAAUCCUGGUUUUGUUGGGAGCUGCCACAUAAUGCAGUUGAAACAAAAGUUUG